CAGCGCCCGUUAUUCAUGGAUAUAGGAGGAGAGAUAUCAUGUCACAUAAAGAAAGCGAAAUCUACACAUACGACUUCUGUGAUGGGGACCAUCCAGCGGAGCUCUUGGAUGCUCUCAGGCAUUUCUACAUCAGUGGCCUAUUUACGGACGUUUCUCUCCAAUGUGGCGAGUCCGGACAGGUGUUUCACUGCCACAGGGCGCUGCUGUCAGCUCGCAGCUCCUAUUUUAAAGUCAUGUUCACAGCUGAUAUGAGGGAGAGGUCAAACAGCGUCAUUAAACUGACCGGGGUUGACUGCGGGGUUCUGGGCGCUCUGGUGAACUAUGUGUACACAGCUCAGGUGCGCAUCACUGAGAGCAACGUGCAGAGCCUUCUGGAGGCUGCAGACCUCCUGCAGUUCAUCUCUGUCAAACAGGCGUGCGAAGAGUUUCUCAUUCGCCUCCUGGAUGUGGACAACUGCUUGGGGAUGCAUGCUUUUGCUCAGCUGCACCUCUGUCCUGGACUGGAGAGGGAGGCCCGCAGAAUGAUGCUGAGCAGGUUCGGAGAGCUCAUGCAGCAGGAGGAGUUCCUAGAGCUGGACCAUGAGAAGAUGAGAUCGAUUUUGGCUGUUCAGAACCUCACUGUGCUAAGGGAUGAUGUGUUGAUAGAUGCUGUAGCCAAGUGGGUAACCCAUGACUUGGAUAAUCGUGUUCACCAUGCUGCAGACUUGCUGCACUCCCUCCAUCUGGACCUGGAUGACGUUUACUUCAAGGCUACUUUAGAGGUUCAUAGGCCAUGUUCACUGAGAAGUGAGGGGAAAUUUAAAUCUAUGAUAAUUCAGGCUUUAAGGUCCAAUGGCAAGGAGAUGUCUUCAAGUAGAAAAUUGCCUUCCAGCAUGUACAUCAUCGGUGGAUACUACUGGCACCCUCUUUGUGAAGUUCACAUCUGGGAUCCUAUCAGCAACACAUGGGUGCAAGGAAAAGACAUGCCUGACCAUGCAAGAGAGAGUUACAGUGUCAGUUUACUUGGAGCAAAUAUCUAUGUGACUGGAGGUUACAGGACAAACACAGUUGAGGCCCUGGACAGUGUUUCGAUUUAUAAUUGUGACUAUGACGAAUGGACCGAGGGUUGCUCCAUGAUUACAGCGAGGUACUACCAUUGUUCUGUGACUUUGCAGGGCUGUAUUUACGCCAUUGGAGGCUACAGAGGAGGAGCUCCAGAGCGAGAGACUGAAUUUUACGAUCCUUUGAAAAAGAAAUGGUUUCCUUUGGCCAAAAUGAUCCAAGGUGUAGGAAAUGCCACUGCCUGUGUAAUGGGAGAUAAAAUCUAUGUGACUGGAGGCCACUAUGGAUACAGAGGGAGCUGCACCUAUGAAAAAAUCCAGGUCUACAGCCCAGAUGUCAAUGAGUGGAGUAUCAUUACAAUUAGUCCCCAUCCAGAGUAUGGGCUGUGCUCUGUGUCUCUCAACAACAAGCUGUAUUUGGUGGGUGGACAGACAGCUAUCGCAGACUGCUACGACACAGAGACAGAUGAGUGGAGACCAAUAUCAGAGAUGAAAGAGAGGAGGAUGGAGUGUGGGGCUGUGGUGAUAAAUGGAUGUAUUUAUGUAACAGGGGGAUACUCCUAUUCAAAAGGGACUUAUUUGCAGAGUAUCGAGAAGUAUGACCCUGAGCUGGACUCUUGGGAGAUAGUGGGGACCCUUCCCAGUCCGACCAGAUCACAUGGAUGUGUUUGUGUUCACAGUGUUUAGUGUCAAAGCCUUAUCAGAUAUGUUUAUUUAUUGUCAUUUUGUGCCAAACUGAUCAAAUGCUGAACAGUAUUCUGUCAAAGUGUGCAAAGGUCAGGUAAACAGUUGCACAAGAUGCCAUGUUAGCCCAUGUUUUGCACUGGAUAACUGCCUUUAGAAAACUAUACAUUUGCCAAACUUCACAUAUACUGUAGAACAAAUGUGUAACUAUACC